GCUUGACGCAACUUCCUGAAAGAUUGACAGCUUGAAUCGCUCUCCUUUACGAGUGGAAACGAUAGCUCCCGUUGUGUGAGAGCCGCUAUCACAACUCACGGCGCCACCUUUCCUCGGAUUUUACGUUGUACUUUUAAAGAAGUUUACAGGAAGCGUUCUCAGGUUGGAGUUUAUGACAAUACUCGGGGUAUGAAAGUGGAGCGGGCGCCUGAAACAAAGUAAAAGAGGAGGUUUGAUGGCUGCUGGGGAUGGAGCCCAGCUGCCUGCCACCGUAGCGGCCAGCCGGAGCGUGGAGAAGGCGCUGGAGGAGGCUGCUGCUAGCGGGGCUCUCAACUUGUCCAACCGAAAACUGAAGGAGUUUCCCCGCAGUGCCAGGAACUACGACCUGUCCGACAUCACACAUGCAGAUCUGUCCAAGAACCGCCUGUGUGAGCUGCCGGAGGAGCUGUGUCAGUUCAUCUCCGUGGAGACGCUGAGUCUUUACCACAAUGGGAUGCGUUCAUUGUCCUCCAGCCUGGGCAACCUGCAGGCCCUCACCUACCUCAACCUCAGUCGUAAUCUUCUGUCCAGUUUACCCCCAUCGGUGUUUCAGCUUCCCCUCCUGCGAGUGCUCAUAGUGAGCAACAACAAGCUGUGUUCACUACCUGCCUCCAUAUACUCCCUCACACACCUCCGGCAGCUGGAUGUGAGCUGCAAUGAGCUGCAGGGUUUGCCAGCAGAGCUCGGACAGCUGGAGUCUCUGAGGGAUCUGAACCUGAGGAGGAACCAGCUCACCACUCUGCCUGAAGAAAUAUCCGAGCUCCCUCUGGUCCGGCUCGAUGUGUCCUGCAACCGCAUUUCCCAUGUGCCCCUGUGCUACCGCCACCUGCGGCACCUGCAGACCGUCCUGCUGGACAACAACCCGCUGCAGAUGCCCCCGGCGCAGAUCUGCUCCAAGGGAAAAUACCACAUCUUCAAGUAUCUCAACAUGGAGGCCUGCAAGAGAAACCAAGAGGAGCUGGAGAGACACCUGAGGCCCACCGGGUUCAACAGCUGUCUGUCAGAACAGGAGCUGUUCACAGGUCAGUUCGGAGGGUUGGAUUCUGGCUUCAACAGUGUGGACAGCGGCAGCAAACGCUGGUCUGGGAAUGAGUCAGCAGAUGACUUCUCGGAGCGUUCCCUCCGAUUAGCUGAGGUCAGCAGAGACCAGAGGAACCUGGAGGAGGAAGAGGAGGAGGAAGAGGAGCAUGGAUCUCCUCUGGAAGCUAACAAAGUGAAUGGAGAUGCUGGGCAUGUGGACUUCAUUGACAGCAGUGUGACAGAGGAAGAGGAGGAGAUGAGGAUGCACCCCCCCACACCCCCCCUCACAGCUCCUCCUCUGGAGCAGAGUGAGAGCUCUUCCCCGCCCCAAAGCCACGACUCAACAACAUGCAGGUCCAGCCUCCAUGUGGACGUGGGCCCCCCAUCAUCGAACUCCGCCUCCCCCCUGUCCCCCUCCAGCCCCUCCCUGGAGGAGCGCAGGAGGCCGGGCACCCUGUUCAUCUGGCAGGAGAGAGAGCGCCUGCAGCAGCAGCAGAGGGACAAGGCCAGUUUGCUGAAGUCAUCCACCAAAACAGGAAGUCAUGUGGCCCCUGCACCACAGACAGGAAGUAGCUCAGCUGGUGGAUCUCCAGAGAGCAGCAGCUCUCUGUCAGGGCUCCGGCAGCGCUGUGCAAGUGCUGAUCAGAUGAGCGCAGCGCCUCCUCCAACACUUCUGCAGCGCUCCAGCAGCAGAUCAGAUGUUCCGUCCUCCCCCCCCGGUCAGACCCAGAGACCCAACAGCUUCCUGUUCCGCACCUCCUCCCGCACCAACGUCAAACCCACAGUGUUCACUCUGGGGGAGUCUGGCAGGAGCGAGUCUCGAACCAUGCUGCGUUCUCCUAAAGAGGAGAGGGCCGACAUCACACAACUACGCAAGACUCUGGAGUCCCGUCUGAAGGUCUCCCUGCCGGAGGAUCUGGGCGAGGCCUUGACUAACGGCACGGUGCUCUGCCAGCUGGUGAACCAGAUCAGAGUGCGCUCCGUGUCCAUCAUCCACGUCCCCUCCCCAGCAGUGCCAAAACUGAGCUCAGCAAAAUGUCGACUGAACGUGGAGAACUUCCUCUCUGCGUGUAGGAAGCUGGGAGUCUCUGAGGUAAUGACAUCAUCAAACCACGCCUGAGGAACCUAGUUGCCUGCAUGAUUCAGCUGGCUAGCAUCAAGUGAUCCAGGGUGCUCUGGGACAGGAGGCUUCCAUUGAAAAGUGUGUAUCCAUUCCCCUUUAGCUACUCAGUCACACAGCCCACAUGCACACCUGCAGAGUUCAUGACUGCCACGGUUUGAAUGACACAAACACGUUAUGAUUCCGAUCACACACCCUUUUCCAUUAAACACACCACCCUCCUUCCUGUACAGUGUGAGUGUGUGCUUGUUCUGAUGCACAAGGUUUCUUGUUUCAAAGCGAAGUUGUUUUAGUAACUCGGGUUUAAUAGCUUUCCACUUCAGCCCUGAAGGCAAUAAACACUCCAACAGUGUGUCGUGUUUGUGAUAUCCACUGGACUGAAAUGACAUGCUUUUCCAGGGAAUGCCACUGAGCACGUCCUGUCAGCGUGUGACCCUUCACCAGCAGCUGGCCUCAUGUUCUCCGUUUACAAGCUAAUACAAUCUAAUACAUUUCACAGCCAAAGGGUUAAGAUCAUGUGACUUCAUCAUCAAUAUUUAUUGUAACAGAUAAUACCUACUUGUUUACAGGGUGGGGCGCCACAUGGGGACACAUGUUAUCCAGAUUGGAAUCCAGGAUUUUUAAUAAUAGGAGAAAGAUUAAUAUAAUUUAUUCUUCAUUUAUUUGUAAGUCCAAAUUGAACAAUUCUUUGUAAAUGUAGCAUCCGUCAACUAAUAUAAGCCAUGGCUCCUGACACGCCUCCAUGAUCGCUGAAAGAGUGAUAGCCUACUCAUGUUUAGUUGAUCAUUAAGGAAAUAUAAUAUUUCAGGAAAUUGCCCAAAAAUCUUUGGGCAUAAUUGUAUAUAUUGUGAGCAAUAUGACUGCAGAUGUAGUCUAAAUAGAACUUUUUAGAAGAAUCCUCACUCAGAAAGCCAGGCUUCAUAUUGGAGCUGAGAGUUAGCAGCUGGCUUGUUUCGUUUGAUGUGUUGAAAACAACUUGGAAGCAACAAGGCACAUACUGAUAUUCACAGAAGGCGUGUUUUGGGUUCCAACAGAGGUAAAAGCAGCAAAUUCUACCCCUUAAUUAAUGUGUCCAAGCAUGUGCACGUCUGCAUGAAUCAUACAGUAUUUAUAAAGCCUACCUGCAUCUGUACAUGUUUCUUCCUCUCU